AUGCCUUCUAAAAUGAAAACCAGAAAGAAGUAUCCUGUGCCAUUUUUAAAAGCAGGAUUGUUAUUCCUGUAUGUGAUCCUACUAAGCAAAUGCGAAGAUGUUAUUGCACAACCCUACAAACAACAACGCUGUUCGAGUCGCUUAGAAAAUGCCUUAGAGCACAUGCGUCGCCGUAGCAUACCAGCGAAAAGUUCAAGAUCAUUCUCUGGUGAAACUCCAUACACACUCUAUCAAACAUUCUACGGUCAAAAUAGUGAACCAGAAGAUGACUUUUACUCUGGUGGCGAUCGCGGUUAUUAUGCAAAAAAUAUUCAGCGCCAACCUCAAAGCGAGUCGCCGGCAUACAUGGGAAGAUUCAAUAAUUUGUUCUCCUCAGACUACUCGUAUAAUAGAAGGCAACCACAUAAAUUAGCUGCCGUCUCCAGCGUAGACGUUGAGGAUUUGAGAGUGCGUCUGCCGUCGAAAUCGACUAGUGCGCGUUGGGUUGAAGUCGAUAAAUGCAGAUUCAGUACACAAAACUCAACGCUAGACACGCGUCUCAUAUUCCCCGAUUUGACAAUUAGUGGCAAAGUAGUACUACAACCAACUGGUGGUAAAUGUCACAUGAUUUUACGCUUACGUCGAGCCGGUAUUGAAUUUCGUACCAUUCCAAUUGGUUUUGAAAAUGUCGCAAAUGAGGAAUCGCGCCGAAUUGGUGCCGCUUCGGUGCGCACGGAUUCUCAUUUCGCUGAGCCUGGUUUUAUAUCAGUUUUUGCUCACGGAUGUCAGGGUCCCUCAGGUGUGAGAUUGCGGCAAAAUUCAAAGCGCCGAUUUGGUUUUGAAAGUGAAACAGCCACUCAGGGAACAGUAAAACCACCAGCUGUAGAACUUUCCGAGCCUCAUGUGGUUUUGGGUACGGCCGCUACGCAAACACAAGUAUCUGGAAAUCGUUGGCGUAAAUAUUACAAUCCCUAUGCGUAUGAUAUACGAAGUGAGAAGUACCAAAAAACAAAUCGCCGGAGUCACGACCGUCACUGGCGCGAAAAUGGACAGUCUAAUGAAAAUGUAUUUUAUGAUACUCGUGAUAAUGAGAAUUUGGAUCAUGCGCAGUUCCGCGAAAAACGCGAGAGUAAUCAAUUUCGGCCAGAAAUGAGUAAAACGGAUUGGAAGGAUGAGUUCAGUUUCGAUGACGACAUACUCAGCAUAUCCGAUGACUUGCAAGACCUAAUAGCUCCAGAUGCUAGAGCUUUUGCAGAUCUUUUCAGUGAUGACUUCGAGCGGGGAAACGUGCGCGAUCGAGAUGAGGCGGGAGACGCUUUCUCCAGUGAAUUAGAGAAGAUUUUUUCAAUGGGUGUACGGGGCUUACUAACUACAUAUAUGCAACGGGCACUUCAACCUGCUAUUAAGGAAACCUUAAUGGAAAAUAUGGGUUACACCUUGAGUUAUGGCUGA